UCUUCCUCUCCUUCGCAGUGACGCUGUAGCAGCCGAGCCACUGCCGGUUUGCUCCCUUCACUCCGCCCGGCUGGCUGCCUGCUGCACACCGCGUUUAACGGGAGACACGGCGCGACCGAGGCGAGCACACCACGGGAGCGGAUCCGCACCUGCACUGCACGCACUGUGGAUUUAAAGAGAGGGGAGAAGGAAAAGUUAAAGCCGUCACCGCUGCGACAGGGAGCCGCUCCGGACUGCUGUCCAGUUAUCAAGGUCAGAGGUCAGUGAAGGCACCAGUGGACCGAGAUGAUGUCCAUGCAAAUGAGUGAGGCAGACAGUGUGGUGAAGGUGGCGGAGUGGCAGCAGACCUACUAUGCCUCAGAUUCUGGCAUCCAAUCAGGAGCCACCACAGUCCGGGAUGAUGAGAGCAGCACUGAGUACAGUGGCCGUAAGAAUUACACUGGCAGUACUACUGCUCCUGCUAGUGCCAGCGCCGGCGGAGGGAACACAGCAGCUGGUGAACCAAAGAGCCCCACAGAUUUUGAUGCUCAGUACUCACUAACCCGUGCUCAGCGUGUCAGGGCCGCCAUGUUUCCAGAGACCCUGGUGGAGGGGGAGGCGGCCAUGCCCGUCCAAUCAGAUCCUACACAGCAGAGCAAUGUGCAACGACUGGCUGAACCCUCGCAGCUGCUAAAGACAGCUAUUGUCCACCUGAUAAACUAUCAGGACGAUGCUGAACUGGCCACAAGGGCGGUGCCAGAGCUCACCAAGCUACUGGCGGACGACGAUCCGGUUGUGGUGAACAAGGCAGCCAUGAUAGUCAACCAGCUGACCCGUAAGGAGGCAAGUCGGCGUGUUCUGGUGCAGUCUCCAGCCAUGGUGGGUGCCGUGGUGCGUGCCAUGACAACGGCAGUUGACAUGGAGACAGCUCGUUACACUGCUAGCGUGCUCCACAGCCUGUCGCAUCAGAGAGAGGGACUGCUGGCCAUUUUUAAGUCUGGAGGGAUACCAGCACUAGUCCGCAUGCUAAGUUCACCGGUAGAAUCAGUCUUAUUUUACGCCAUCACCACCCUCCACAACCUGCUGCUGCACCAAGAGGGGUCCAAGAUGGCAGUGCGUCUUGCUGACGGCCUGCAGAGGAUGGUUCCCUUACUGAAAAAGAGUAACCCAAAGUUCCUGGCCAUCACCACUGACUGUCUGCAGCUCCUGUCCUAUGGCAACCAGGAAAGCAAGCUGAUCAUCCUAGCCAAUGGGGGCCCAGAGGGCCUGGUGUUCAUCAUGAGGAACUACAACUAUGAGAAGCUAUUGUGGACCACCAGCCGUGUUCUCAAAGUGCUGUCUGUUUGUCCCAGCAACAAGCCAGCAAUAGUAGAGACUGGUGGUAUGCAAGCUUUGGGCCAACAUCUUACUGGAUCCAGUCAACGUCUGAUCCAGAACUGUUUGUGGACACUCCGUAAUCUAUCAGAUGCUGCAACCAAACAGGAGGGGUUAGACGGCCUCCUGCAGAUACUGGUCACCCAGCUGGGCUCAGAUGACGUCAACAUGUUGACCUGCGCCACUGGCAUCCUGUCCAACCUCACCUGUAAUAACUCACGCAACAAGACUCUGGUGACUCAGUAUGGCGGUGUGGAGGCGUUGAUCCACGCCGUGCUUCGUGCUGGGGAGAAGGAGGAUGUUGCUGAGCCGGCAGUCUGUGCCCUGCGUCAUCUCACCUCCCGCCACCAGGAUGCCGAGCUGGCCCAGAAUGCUGUGCGGGUGCACUACGGUAUCCCAGCUAUCGUCAAGCUGCUGGGGCAGCCCCACUACUGGCCUGUAGUAAAGGCAACAGUUGGUCUGAUCCGGAACCUGGCGCUGUGCCCGGCCAAUCAGGCGCCGCUGAGGGAGGCAGGUGCUAUUCCAAGAUUGGUCAACCUGCUGCUGAAGGCUCACCAGGACACACAGAGACAUGCCUCCUCCGCACAGCAGACAUACCAGGAUGGUGUUCGUAUGGAGGAAAUAGUAGAGGGUUGCACAGGAGCGCUUCACAUUCUGGCCAGAGACCACAUAAACAGGGGAGAAAUCGCCAGCAUGCAAACCAUACCUCUGUUUGUACAGCUGCUGUACUCGUAUGUGGAAAACGUGAAGCGAGUAUCGGCGGGUGUCCUGUGCGAGCUGGCCCUGGACAAACAGUCUGCAGAGCUCAUCGAUGCAGAGGGAGCCUCUGCACCCCUCAUGGAGCUGCUGCACUCCAACAACGAGGGAAUCGCCACCUACGCUGCAGCGGUGCUGUUCCGAAUUUCGGAGGACAAGAGUUCAGAUUACAGGAAGAGAGUGUCAGUGGAGCUCACACACUCACUUUUCAAACACGACCCUGCUGCCUGGGAAAUGGCCCAUACUGCAGUUCCUUUGGAGCCUACAUACCUAGCUGAUGACGCAGAUGGCUCUUACCCUCACUAUGGCUAUGCUGAUCUGCCCCUGGACACCCUGCCACUAGACCCUGAACUCCACGAGCCCUACAUCCCUGACUUGACCUAUGACCCAAGACAGGUCUACCCUGAACCGCUCUAACAGGAUAAUUAAUCAGAAAUUCUAAAAGAACAAAGGAAUGGCCAAAUCAGAGGAAGAAAGACUGGAGAGACAGGUGAAGGAGGAAGGAGACUGAAGGAGUGAAUCACCAAUGGAAUCAGCCCUUUCCAUGGGUGGAAAAAAAAUCCCAUUUGGCAAUCAAGAAUCAAAAGAGGUUGUUUCUUAAAAACAGGUUUAUUGUUGCUGUAUGUGAAAAAUGUAACUUUGUUAUAACUGGGGGUGGAAGUGUGUGUGUGUGGGGGGGGGGGGUAUCUGGAGUUUUGAGGCAUUGUUACUUGGGUAAGUUUCUAAAUAGGCAAGGAAGACUUACAUUGAGAGUUUGGGACAUGCAGGACAAGCAGGAGAGCUUAACCGGUGGUGGAAAUGGGGGAGGAUUGUGCGGGACCGCCGUUCUGAGAGGAAAAGUUGUGAGGGAACGGCGUUCCUGCUCAGAUUCUAUUCAAUAUUUUUUAUAGGGGGAAAUUGCUUAUAGCUGUUUUUCACUGUUUCUAAAGAGUCAAGAAACUAAUAUAAUUUAUUGUGCUUGAAUGCACUAUAAAUCCAGCUACUGUCCAUACAGGUAUGACAUUGCAGGAUCCCUGGAACAUCUUCCCAAUGUAAUGUUUCUGUGUCAGUGUUGUAAUAGCUACCGGCUAGAGGUUUGCUGGAAGCUGCAGUGAUGUUGAUAGGUACACGUAAAAUCCAAAGUGACAUAAAAUCGGCCGACGCACCCUAUUUUCCCAUGAUUAUGCUAACAUUACAUUGUGAACAACAAAUACGUGCUGAAAUAGAAAUGCUGCUCUCUGUGAGCUCUCACACACACACCGAAGAUGCUCACAAGUCUUUGAGCUAGAGUCCAAGUCAAGUCUCAAGUCGCUCGCGUUUAUAAUGAGUAUUGUAUCACCUGCUGCGUUCAAACCAGGCUGCUUAUAAAACUGCAUAGCUAUAAGGAAUUCUGAACAUUACUGAGUUGAUAGCUCCGGUUGUUACUGUAAGUUAUUGCAAUAAAACCUUUGUGAGUGAGAAACAAAUACUUAAUCAAUACACCUGUUCAACAUGUGGAAAGUGUAUAUAGUGUAUAUUGUAUAUAGUGAUUUGUUGUUGUAAACAUUUAGUUAUAUUUUAAAUAUUCAGUUCUCAUCCUGAAUUUAUUAUAUUCAAAUAAUAUAUUUUUACAAAGCACUUUUAGUGAUAAAAACAACUAAUAAGAAUAUUGACAAAGAAUCAAACCAAUAACAGUAGUCGAUACAAAAUCAACGGUGAUGGUGUCUUUGAUAUAUCUAGUCUAGUUAAUGUAACGUUAACCUUGAUUAUUGAUUCAUGUGUUUAUUGUUGUUGUUUGACAGGAGAGGAGACAGCAUGAGAGCAGCAGAGCAAGGGAUAACAGGAGAACAUGUCUUUAGAAGCUGCAUAAUCUAGAAAAUAAUCUUAUAAUUUAAAGUAAUUAAGUAAAAUCUCCCCCUCGUCCAAGUGGCUCCCCCAGUAAAACGUGGCCAUUUCCACCACUGGACUUAACCAAACUAAAGUAGUAUUUUAUCCUUAAAGGCUUUACAAGUUAGACAGAAUUCUAAUUUGCUGAAAUGUUUCAACAUCACAUGUAACGCUGGUAUAUUAGUUGCGACAUACAAGGAUUUUUCCCCACAUGGGAAACACUCAUGUUAUUCAGUAUUAAGUCCAAUCUCGCGUCAAAUUAUACUUAACUGUAACCCCCAGUUUAAUCAACUUUUUACUGGCGUCACAAAAACACUUGUUAAGCAUUUAACAGGAACAGACUCUCCCAGUUCUACCAAAUGCAACCUGUGUAUCCCAGCCUUUAGCCGCUGUUUUUUUAGAUGUCUCCUCUGUGUAUUUGAACAGUGCACAUGUUCAGGGGUGUCCAUGUGUGAUUGUUGCAUGGUAGUGUAUCGUGUACUAAUAGAAAUAUUCUUCGCCUUACAUAAUGAGAAAAAAAUGACAUGAGUUCUACAAGCUGCCCGCCGCCUGGAGAACCUCAAUGCGGAACUGGACUACAAAUCCCAGCCUCACUUUCACUAAGCGGAUAUUCUGUUAAAAUGUCCACAGAAAAUGCACUACAAAUCCCCUGGUCAUCUUCGGUAUCAGACUUCAAAUCCCAGCAUUUUCAAGUCAUACCCAAUUAAACCUACUCACGGUUGUUGUGGCAACACACAACAACAGCAGCCUUAGCCUGCAAUGUUAAAAAAGCACAACUACAAUGACUUAUCACUUGCUGAGGCAAUCUACCGCAGCUGCCCUGUCCCUCAAUCUGAACAUCAUUAAAUGUUAUUUUCAAUUGUUUUGGUAUACUGUACAUUUAUUCAGCUUGCAUGGAGGACUAUUUAGUACUAUGGAUGAUUUACAGUAAAAUGCCUAGAUUUAAACAAAUCAAACACACAAUAAAGUGAAACACAAUACACACUGAAAUAUGUUAUGCAUUCACAGAACUGUGCAAGGCCGAUGUGGGAAAAUGCGGUAAAGUAAGAAUGCUAUAAAAAAUAGACAUGCUACACUGCAUUCAAAAUGCCAUAUACACAUCUCACAAUGAAGCAAGGAUUUGAUUUCCAAAAACACACUUAAACAUUUUGCUACACUACUCUCCCAAUAGGCAUUGACACAGGAAAAAACACUUUUUUGAUUUCUAGUUCACAUAUCUUUGAGAGCUUGAGAACGAAAUAGACCACAGAUAGAUAAAAUAAGCGGUACAGGCACACAAGUGAUAAGGUAGUACAAAUGCGAGAGGGACACCUUGGUAUACAAAUCUUCACAACUUGUACAAGCUGCCAAACUUUUAACUCAAAUUCAUCCUCAGCACUGAUAGUGUAUUUCUGUUUUUAUUACUGUAUAUUGUCUGCUAAAUACCAGAAGGGAGUUACAAACUAAAUUUCAAUUUACAACAUGUUGUUUUAUGACAAAUAAACCUACCUUGUAUGUAUGGGCAUAGCACAAAAUUCGUUGUAAAAUCGAUUUUGGUACACCUGCAGUAACUUAACAUUUGAUACUAGGUUCUUCCUCACAUUUUCACUGUAUUUUACAGAAUGGAAUAUUUCAGAUGUAUGUUACUAAAAAGGGAAGAGCAGGACCAAUGACUACUAUUUGUAGUCUGUUUGGGAGGCAUCAGGUGUGUUAAACCCCAUUCACACACAUUCAUUUACGCUCACACACUAGUGGCUAUACUGUGUAUAACUGCACUGCACCACUGUGUAGAAUCAGCAUAGUUUUAUGCUAACACCCAUCAAUAUUGUAUUUGAAAAGUAAAAACAUGGAAAUGUUACAUGCAAGCAAGUCUUUAGGAGAGAUUUGUAUGAUUCAUGAAUGUACAAACAGUGAAGGCAAAUGUCUUUCUGACAACAGCCCUGAAGGUUAAUCCGUCCACUGUGGUGCACAGAUGCAUUAAUCAGACCUUAAGUUUGGCAACUCUUGAAGAACAAUUCUAUUAAAUUAUUGUUAUUCAGUGUCAUUAACCUUCAGUCAAACAAUUAUUUAAAAAAUCAGCACAGCCCUAUUUUGGACUUCACCUUUAUUCUACGGUAUAAUGAUGAUGGUGUGUUUGUGUGGCAUUUGAUGUGGUUGAUGUGUUGAUGAUUGCACUUCUGAGAGGAGAAGGUAAAAAAAGGGAGAUAGGAGUUUUAGUGGAGGAAAUUUGACCAAUAGUGUUUCCUGCUGGUCCUGUUGAAUUAGAAGACAAAAAGGGUCCUAUUUGCUAAAUAUGAGUGAAGCCAUGACAGCACCGUCCCUUGGAUACAAAUAUGCUGCUCCAAGCCCUCAAGUCAAGAAGCAGAAACAACAUAAAUGUUGUAGGGUUAAACCGAGGCGAAAGUAACAUGGGACGAAAGUAACAAGGCGAUUUUCUCAGAGCCCUGAUUGCAUUUGCAGUCCAAGCUGUGACAGCACCUUCAGCACGCAACCCUUGAUGGAGCUGCCAAAUAUCGCAUGAUUUUGUCAUCGUUUCCCGCGGCCGUCUUCGGAAAACUGUUUUCGAGCACGGCAAGUAAAUUUCUGAAGCGGGACUCUUUUUCGAAUUAUAAGUUUAGUCUCUCGUUUCAUGUGUCACAGUAAUUAUUAAUCUACAGGUUAUUUAGUGCUUUAACACACCCUGAAGUUUGCCCUGUUAGAGUUUUUCGGUAUAAAAAUAAAUCGUGUUUAUAUGUCAGGAGUUCCUGUCGGGACGAAAGUAACACUUGUUACUUUUGUCCUGCUACAGUGACCACAAGUGUUUCUUUUGUCCCGCUGCUAAUGUGGUGACUUUCUGUGUGUUGCAGCAUUUAUUAAAACAUGUUUAUGUCAUAUUAUACCAACAGAAUAUGCCAGUAGUGUGGGUCAGAAAGACAGAGGUCUGAUUCAGCCAGAUGUUUAUGACAAGGCGUUUCUGGACAUCUCUAUUAGAAACAUUAGUCUCAGGUCAGCUGAUAAAGUCUUUCUUUGUUCAGAUAAUGCAGGAGGAGGGCAGAGAUAAUUGGGGAGAAGUCUAGACCACAGGUACAGAUCACAUUAUUAAGUCUUCUCCUUGGACUAGGAGAGGAAGCUGCAUGCUUAUAUUAAGAGAGCGGCUGAUAUUUAUUUUGGCCUGUCUCCUAAGGAGCUCAGUGUAGUAGGUGUCAGUAUCACUCAUACUUUUCUUACUAAAACAAAUUUAAAUUCAUUUCAAAAUGUGAAAUUUGUAUAGGCCUAUUCUGUAAAUAGCUUUUUAAUUU